GGUGCUCUGGCCCACUAGGGAUAGAAGGAGGGAUUGUGUCAAACCAACAAAUCACGGCAUCAUCCACCCACCGAGCUCUUUUUGGACUCCAGAAGUGGUACCCAUACUAUGCACGGCUUAAUAAGAAGGGUCUUGUGAAUGCCUGGACUGCAGCAGAAAAUGACAGAUGGCCAUGGAUUCAGAUAAACCUGCAGAAGAAGAUGAGAGUCACUGGAGUUAUAACCCAAGGUGCCAAGAGGAUUGGAAGCCCAGAAUAUGUAAAAUCUUAUAAAAUUGCCUACAGUAAUGAUGGGAAGUCAUGGACAAUGUACAAAGUAAAAGGCACAAAAGAAGACAUGGUGUUCCGCGGGAACGUGGACAACAACACCCCGUACGCCAACUCCUUCACGCCGCCCAUCAAGGCCCAGUACGUCCGGCUGUACCCCCAGGUGUGCAGGAGGCACUGCACCCUCAGGAUGGAGCUGCUUGGCUGCGAGCUCACAGGUUGCUCUGAGCCCUUGGGGAUGAAAUCAGGACACAUCCAGGACUUCCAGAUCACUGCCUCCAGUGUUUUCCGCACCCUCAACAUGGACAUGUUCGCCUGGGAGCCCAGGAAAGCCCGGCUGGACAAGCAAGGCAAAGUCAAUGCCUGGACCUCAGGCCACAAUGACCAGUCACAGUGGCUGCAG